CCGCCCCGCCGCGCCGCAUGCAGACUAACAGGGAUGCCAAAGGAAAAAUAUGAUCCUCCGGAUCCUCGCAGAAUUUACACCAUCAUGUCAGCAGAAGAGGUAGCCAACGGGAAGAAGUCACACUGGGCUGAGUUGGAGAUCUCAGGCAGAGUGCGGAGCUUAAGUUCGUCGCUCUGGUCGCUGACGCACCUGACGGCUCUGCACCUCAAUGACAACAAUCUUACUCGCAUUCCACCUGAUAUUGCCAAGCUCCACAACCUGGUUUACUUGGAUCUGUCAUCCAACAAACUCAGAAGUUUACCAGCAGAACUAGGAAACAUGGUAUCUCUCAGGGAAUUGCUUUUAAAUAACAAUCUGUUACGGGUUUUGCCUUAUGAACUUGGACGGCUCUUCCAGCUACAAACCCUGGGUUUGAAAGGCAAUCCUUUAUCCCAAGAUAUUCUCAGCCUCUACCAGGACCCAGACGGAACCCGAAAGCUACUGAACUACAUGCUCGACAAUCUAGCAGUUCAUCCAGAGCAGCUGCCUCCAAGGCCAUGGAUUACUUUAAAAGAACGAGACCAAAUUCUGCCCUCAGCUUCAUUUACAGUUAUGUGUUACAAUGUGUUGUGUGAUAAAUACGCCACCAGGCAGCUCUAUGGCUACUGCCCAUCCUGGGCACUCAACUGGGAGUACAGGAAAAAGGGAAUCAUGGAAGAAAUCGUCAACUGUGAUGCAGAUAUCAUUAGUCUUCAGGAAGUGGAAACGGAGCAAUACUUCACCCUUUUUCUGCCAGCCUUGAAGGAACGGGGAUACGAUGGAUUCUUCUCUCCGAAGUCACGUGCCAAAAUCAUGUCUGAGCAGGAGAAAAAGCAUGUGGAUGGCUGCGCCAUAUUCUUCAAAACUGAAAAGUUCACGCUGGUGCAGAAGCACACGGUGGAGUUCAACCAGGUGGCCAUGGCCAACUCAGAAGGUUCGGAAGCCAUGCUGAACAGAGUGAUGACCAAGGACAACAUCGGAGUCGCCGUGGUGUUGGAGGUGCACAAGGAAUUGUUUGGGGCAAGUUUGAAAUCUCUUCACGUGGACAAGCAGCUGCUCAUCGUGGCCAAUGCCCACAUGCACUGGGACCCCGAAUACUCAGAUGUGAAACUCAUCCAGACCAUGAUGUUUGUCUCAGAACUGAAAAACAUCCUGGAGAAAGCCUCCAGCAGGCCCAGUAGCCCGACAGCAGAUCUGAAUUCCAUUCCUCUGGUGCUGUGUGCGGAUCUCAACUCCCUCCCUGAUUCAGGUGUAGUGGAAUACUUAAGCAACGGCAUAGUGGCUGACAACCACAAGGACUUCAAGGAGCUGCGUUACAACGAGUGUCUCAUGAACUUCAGCGGGAACGGGAAGAACGGAGCCUCCGAGGGCAGGAUCACACACGGCUUCCAGCUCAAGAGCGCCUACGAGAACAACUUGAUGCCUUACACCAAUUACACUUUUGAUUUCAAAGGUGUGAUUGACUACAUUUUCUACUCCAACACCCACAUGAACGUGCUCGGAGUGCUGGGGCCUUUGGACCCCCAGUGGCUGGUGGACAACAACAUCACUGGGUGCCCGCACCCCCACAUCCCCUCCGACCACUUCUCCCUGCUGACCCAGCUGGAACUCCACCCUCCGCUCCUGCCUCUCGUCAACGGGGUGCACCUCCCGAGCCGGAGGUAGUGCAGCCCUGCCCCUGGAAGGGCACGGACCUGUUCCCACGGACCUGUACACUUGUAAAUCCAAGCAUAUAGGAGUGAAGUAUGGCCAACCUUAAGCUGCUUCUUCGAGCUCCUUUUCCUUAUGUGUUUGAUAUGAGAUUUUGCACAUUUUGGUGCAUAUUGGUAUCAUUUGGCACUAGGGCUGGAACCAAAGUAUUACUCCCCUUUCCAGGUUUUUAAUUUAAUUUUUGGUUUGGGUUGUUUGGGGUUUUUUUAUUUUGUUUAAAACUGGCUUUUCCUUUUCAGUAGGAAGCUGCACUUCUAAACGGACAAGUGAGAUUAAAAACUUGGCAUUUAACAUAUUUCAAGGUAAUGUUUUUUCCCAGAACAUGGCAAAAUGAGCCAGCCUUUUAAGAGAAAGGAAAGCAAAACUAGAGAUGCUUGUUUUAUAGGAAGAAUAUUAGAAAUACUGUUUGUUUGAAAACCCAAAACGGAGACUGAACUCUGCGUCCAACGUAAAAUUUGCACAUUAGUGAAGCACUUAAUACCUAACUAUAAAUGAUUGGCAGAGUGGCCCUGCCCCUCAUCUCACUACUAUCAGAAAACCAAAGAUAGCCAAAUACCUAUGAUCAAAUUCGAGCUCUAAAUCCUCCUGAUGCCAAUUUAUUUGGGAGCUGUUGUUGGUCAGGGUCGAAUUAAAAAGCUGCUGGUUCCUUCCCAACUGUUAAUGCUCUUUGGAUGCGUUGGAAAUCCUUUUUUCCUUCCUUAUUAAUGCUCUGGGUGGCCAGUUCAAAACCUUGUGCCUGAAGAGGCAUUAAACAUUGAUGCAAUUUUCUGAAAAAAAAAACAAAACAAAACAAAACACAAACCUGUUUGGCUGCUUAAUGUUAAAAAAAAAAAAAAAGGCACAGUGAUAGGAAAAGGUCGUGUCUGUGUUUUUAAGUUUUUCUUUAUUCUGCUUUUUUGCUGCUAUAAGAUUUUCUUGAAUUUCUAUUUGAAACUUUUCAUGCACUUUACUGUUUCUAGUCUCCAAAUGUGAUAUUUUUAAUAAAUGAAAAACAUUUUCCAUGAUGUGAAUGAAAUUUUUAAGCAGAUU